UGAAUGUUGGAAGGGGGAAUGAUGAUGAGGAUGCCCGUCCGUCUUCCACAACAGGCCUCCAGAGAUGAGCUUACAAACACAGUAACAGUCGUAUUUUCUUGUAGUUGUCCUUUUUAUGUAGGAGACAACGCAGUAUUAGCUGUUUGUGGCUCUACUCAGGCUUUGGGUAACUGGAAACUGGAAGAUGCCAAAUAUCUAGAAAGAGAGCCUUGUAGUGAGGGUUUAUGGAAAACCAAACUGAAAUUGCCACAUAUUCUAAUGGAAUACAAGUAUCUGAUUCUUUCCAAGGAUGAUAACAAGCUCAUACGUUGGGAAGAGAGAUGGAACCGAAACUUGGAUCUGAUAGAAAGCAAACUGGCUUCAAAAACAAUGGAAGAUAUAUUUGAUAGAUAAAACAGAAACCUAAAGGUUUUAUAUUAUGGAAUGGCCACAUCGUCUUGAUGCACCAAGAGUGGCUUGUUCGAG